AUGAAGCACCGACUGUCUGCUCUUGUAGCACUCCCGCACGUUUCAACAUACAGAGCAGCUCAAAGCGCACGAUUACACCACAAGCCUUUGCUUCACACAUCACUGCGUGUCGGCCAGAAGAUUCCUUCUCAAUGUCGAGGUUUUGCGGUCUCGUUGAAAUUGUGGAGUGAAAGCGACAGAUUUAGGGAAUACGAUAAUUCAAAUGCCAGGCCUGCGGAGGACCUGAAUAACAACAUUACACAGGAGGAGAAAGACCAUUUUGCAAAGAAGCUGCGUGAGGACAAGGGCAAACAAAUACGAACGCCAUGGCAUCGAGAAGGUAGCGAUGUACCGCCUGUACAUCGACAAAGAAGCGCUGGAGCGAUGACGAAGGGUGAGGCUUACCAUCCAGCGGUGCAAAUGGCAAAGGCUGAUAGUGGUAACAUAGGCAAACUUCUCACAACGCCGUCACGCAUGCUCAAGAUAAUCCUUCCCCUUACCACACAGGAUGUCAACAGCGACCGUAAAGAUAUCGAGCCGCUCGCUCUCCUCGUCCAUCCACAACAGCCAAUAUCAUACCUCGAGCGUUUGAUCCAAGCUGAGCUACCCAGUAUAAAAGAUAAAGAAGGUCGAGAACACCAACCACAAGUGUUCUUCCGUGCAGAAGACUCUAUGCAGAAUGACGCGCAGCCUUCACCGUCGUCUGAAACAACCGUCAGCCAGGCGAGUGAACGCAUAGCAGAUCAAAGUGGCGAGGAGGACUUUGAAAAGGUCGACGAGAUUCGUAUCAACGGAAAGACAGAAAAGACAGGUAAACUAAACAGUAAAGAUGACAGGACACCGGAGCAAGCUGAAAAGCUACGGGGAGGGCCUGGCCAAGGAGGUGUAGAAUCCUACUCUGGACUGGGCCAGGAAGCGCCGUCAGACAAGCGCGCAGAGCGCAAGUUUGUACGGUGGUCUUCAUCAACUGAAAUUGGCGACUUCAUUCGCGACGCUGCGCGGGGGCAGGAAUUUGCGAUUGAGAUUGAAGGGGCGCCAGAGGAGAUUCGCGUCGGUGUACCCAGUUUCAACGAGCGGACCUACUACCUGCGAAUGCGUCUGCGCAAGACAUCAAGGAAGAUUAGCGAAAUGGCCGACAUCAAGAAGAAGUGCGACGAGCUCGCUCACAAAGCAGCAAAGAAUGUUGCAAAGGCUGGGUUCGCUGGUGUCGUGGGCUGGUGGGGAAUUGUAUACUACCUUACUUUCCAAACGGAACUGGGCUGGGAUGUCAUGGAGCCCGUCACGUACCUUGUCGGCCUGUCCACCCUCAUAGGCGGUUACAUGUGGUUCCUCUAUCACAACCGCGAAGUCAGCUACCGCUCCGCCAUGAAUUUCACCGUCUCGCGGCGCCAGCAAAAACUUUACGCCCAGCACAACUUCGACCUGCGCAAGUGGGAGGCCCUGAUUGAAGACGGCAAUACCCUGCGCAAGGAGAUCAAGGCGGUGGCUAUGGAAUACGAUGUCGAUUGGGACGAGCUGCAGGAAGAAAAGGACGAGAAGGUUGCAGACGCGCUUAAGACGGAGCGCGUGAGGAAGAAGGAAGGGAAGGAGGACAAGGAGGAAGAGGAUGAAGAGCCGAAACCUACGGCUGAGAAGGAGGGGGAGAAGAAGUAG